AUGUCGUACGUGACGCUACGGUCCGACUUUGCGGCGUGCUCCGAGUACCGCCUGCUGGCACUGGAGGCGGAGUGCGUGCAUGGUCUAAAAGAGAGGCUGGCAGCACAAGGACCUGCGGCCUCCGCAACGGCAGCGGCGGAAAACGGCACAACGUUGCUCAUGAUGAAGGGCACCUCGCAGUUGCUGCUCUGUGACGAUCGCCACACCUACCGCCUACGUCGUGUGGAGUACUCAAAUACACUUCUUCUUGCCGAGGAGCGCCCAAUGUGUGAACGUGACAGCGAGGCCCUGAAGGGUGCCUCCGCACUAGGAGGCAGUGCACCCUCCAGGGCUGAGGCCACCUCCAAACACGUUGUUAUUAGCGCCGCGGAGCGCCUCUUUGAGGCGAAACGGUCUUGUGCUUAUCGAGAUGCGUUGAGGCUAAUAAAGGCCGUUCCUGUCACCAUUGAGGAACUUGAGUCUGAGUAUGGCCAGCGACCAGGCGGUUGCGCUGCGGGCACGACGGCUUUACCCGACGGCAUUGGUGGUAGUCAACGAUAUACAUUUCCACAACUUGUGUCGAUGAGCCAAUGUAGUGCAGGAGAGCUGUCAGAUAUGCUUUCGGAUGCAGGGGCUAUUGUUGUCCACGGGCGCGUUCGUCUGUUGCAUCCCUCACUUUUGCGUGAGGCCCUUAAGGCAGUGAUCGUUUUCAUGGAGGGGUGCGAAGAAUUGUCCUGGGGCGUGGUGGAGAAGCAUUUUUGCCCGUCUGUUUACCCAAGCAUUGUUAUCCGUGUGGUCCAAAGAGUCUACGGUGCACUGACGCGUGUGGAGGGGAAAGAGGGGGCAGCGGCGUUACUUAACAUGCAAAAAGUGCUUGCGGCGCUGGCUGAGGCUGCCAUUGUUGCUCUCGCGCCUUCUGUCGGCGGUGAGGAAGUGCGCCCUCAAGGUCGCGGAGACGAGACGCCUUUCUUCUCUUCGGUUGACUUUGAGUCCUUUUAUAGCACGUGGAUGGAUAGCGUUCCGAGUUCCUUUUUUGCAUCGGGUGAAAUUCCGCCGCUAUGCGAGCCGGCGGCCUUUAUGUCGCUGUUGCACGCCGUUGUCAUUGUCCGCGGGGCGCGUGGUGACGGCUACGCCGGCGCGACGGUUGUCUGGGCGCCGCAGGAUGAGCUCGCCACCGACCUGUCGCGGCGCAUAGAGCAGCUGUUUGAGCUGAACCCUGGAAGAUGGGAGGCAGAGGCGUUCCGCGCGUACGUGGAGCCGCUCCUGGACCCCGGCGUGACGCUCGAGCAGGUGGUACACCGGCACGCAAAGGAGUUCCACACGCCAAACCAGCCAGUGAGGUACGGGAGACUCGCCUGA